UGUUUGAAUUAAUGUGAAACGUGUAUAGACGGCUCCGUGUGACCAGGAAACACCUCGAAGAGUUUUCAGACUUCACUCAUGUCUCUUGAACGAGACUUUUCCAGCAAAGAUGAGGCGUUCACGAGCAUGUUCCCUAUCCACCGCGCUUGUCGUGAUGGUGAUGUUGGAGCUUUGCUGUCACUGUACCAGCAUCACACUCAUCUCACAGCCGAGGAUUCCUGCUACGGUUGGACCCCCAUUCACUGGGCUGCUCACUGUGGACAGUUGGAGUGUGUCAUACGCCUGGUGCAGAUGGGUUGCGACGUGAAUACGGUGUCCAGUCGCUUGAACCAGACCCCAACACACACAGCUGCGAUUGGCGGGCAUCCUCGCUGUGUUUUGUGGCUAUCGCAGGCUGGUGCAGAUGUCAACCGGCAGGACUUUGUAGGUGAGGCCCCCAUCCAUAAGGCUGCCAGGGCAGCUUCCAUGGAGUGCAUCCAAGUGCUGCUGAUAGCGGGCGCUAAACUACAUUUAAGGAACACCAGCGGGCAGACUGCAGCUGACCUCGCGCGCACUCACGGAUUCCACGACUGCCUCCAUCUCAUCUCCAACUUGCAGGAGCACCUGCUGCAAUUCAGUGGGCUCCAGAGCAACGAGGAAAAGAACGUGAUCGGCCCUGGUCUGCUCUGUAGAAAGAGGCUGCAGUCUGCUUUUGAAAAUGGUCAAAUGAAGAAGGCAAGGAGAGAUAUGUUUCUGCAGAUGCAGCAUUCUGCACUUGAGAAUAGCAUGGAUUCCAUCUGUGGAAAUGUUGCCGCUGACAGCGUUCAUCCACCCUCUCCUGUUGACCACGAUGAUGACCCGAUGAAAAGCAUUCCCACCUGCAAUGAAGUUUCCACAUGGCUGUCUUGGCAGCGAGGAGAUUCGCCACCCAGUCAGCCCAACUCAGCUGACAUGUGCGGCUCACUGCAUAUGACAGAAAGUCCCAACGGCUGUGUGUCCCAUCGGCCGGCGUUGCAGAGCCUGUUGGGAGCGGAUUGCGGCGAAUUCCUGCAUUAUGGACAUUAUCAUGGCUUUGGGGACACAGCAGAGGAGCUGUCUGACAGAGGCCACAUUGCUCACAAGUCCUUUCAAAAUGUGGACGGUGCCAUGCAUUGGUGCCAGGACUCAUAAGCCUAAGGCCGUGUGUUUUUUUUUUUUUUUUUUUCCUUCAAAGAUUAAAUGUCAUCUCCCAAAAUUGUCACACAAAAUUGGUUCAUGAUAGUGAUAUCACUUUUUUGGGACACAUUUUGGGAAUGUGCUCUCGGUGCUCUGCAUCUGACUCCUGUUUGUAUGAAACAGUGUUUCCCAACAUUUGUGCAAAGGUUAAUAUCUUACAUUAGAAAAAUUAUACAGUGUACCACCAAACAAAAACGUCACAUAAAAUAUGUUUAAGGCUGAUAAUGUCACAAUUUACUUGUGUGAAAUCUUUUUUGUAUGAGUGACAGGUUAAUCAUGCCUUCAGCCAUCGAACUGAAUUGUUCUGUCACUAAACAUUGCUGGCAAAGAUAAAUGACCAAAAUGCCUCAUUUGUACUGAAUAAUUUUCAGACCAAAUUAAGUGAAUUUUCUGCAGCACACUUAAUCUCUCAUGGCACCGUGGUUGGGAAUCACUGCUAUAAGAUACCGAGCAGAAAUUGCCUCCUUUUCUAUUAAACAUUCUGCAAUUUUGUAAAGAGUAGUGCACUGCAACAAAUCACUUUGUCAGGGUUAGUUUUGUAAUCUGUACUGGCUGCAUCCUGAUGUUACUUGAAGUACACUCAGUAGCUACUUCAUUUGGCGCUGCAAGCAGUAGGGGUAUGUGAUGGGAUUGGUGCUACUGUAUUUAAAUUCCUCUCAUGUUUGAUGUUGGACUGAAAAAACUAUUGUUCAUCUGACCCCAGCAGGACACGCAUUGUAUUCUUUGGUUAUGUUUUGUGAUAUGCAGAGUUAAGUAUUUAGCAUUAAGCUUUUUACGUGCUUCCCUCGACAUUCUC